AUGUUCAAGAAAGCGAAGCAAUUUGCACUUGGCCGGCUUAUUUCUACUACUAAGCAAAGAAAUGAUGCCGGGCCGGCGGGACUAUCUCCAGACAGUGCCGAAGUCGCAUCACCUGAGCUGAGAACACAGGUUGAGCAAUCAUCCUCCUUUCAACAUUCUACGCCUGCUGUCGAUGGAUUACCUACAAUCACAAUAUACGAUGAGGAAACGAGCGGCUCGCAAGGCCCUAGCACGGCAACACUGUGCGAGACCUGCGGCCCUCUCACGACAUGCACUGAACAACCCGUCUCAACAAUAGACAUUUUCAGGUCUGCUGACGGGCAUUGCUCCAUCUGUCUUCUCUUCUCAAGUGUGUGUCUCUUAGCAGACAGCAAUGAUUCCGUCGGCUAUCUAUCAUCCUGGUCCGGCAGCAAAGGCGGCUUCGGUGUCUACCUGAUCUCGAAGAGUAUUGAAGGAGGUGUUCAAAGACCUGACGCCACUGUUGCCGUUGUUGUCCUCGCCGUGGAUGGAGAGAGAUCUCCAUCGCCGUUUCCGUGGCUACCGAACGUUACCAAGUCUCCGUUUGAGAGGGGUCAAUUACGAGAUACCCAGAAUAUCUCUGCGUGGAUUAGUGAUUGUCUGGUGAACCAUCCAUCGUGUCGGCAGGACAUGUUGCCGAAACUUCCUACCAGAAUCAUCGAUGUGGGAAGUAGCACAGUCCAGCCAGCGCUCAAGAUCACUAAUGGUGAGGUUGGAAGAUACUUAGCUCUCAGCCAUCGUUGGGGGAUAUUGGACACCCAAGUCAAAAUGCUGGUCACGAAACGGGCAUCCAUCGAAGAAUUCUGUCGCGGUAUUCCCAUGGCUUCGUUUCCUCAGACGUUUAGACACGCAAUCGAAGUAUCCCGUUCGCUUGGAAUACAAUAUCUCUGGAUCGACUCACUGUGUAUCGUCCAGGAUGACUUCCAGGACUGGGAGAUUGAGGCUGCUAGGAUGGGCGACAUCUAUGAGAACGCUUACGCAACACUCUUUGCUGAACGAGCGAGUCAUUGCGACGAGGGGCUUUUUUCGACUGAAGAAGACAAAAGUACCACGAAUGAAUUGAUACGAGAAAUCAAGUAUCAAGACCCACGGACUGGUGACAGUUGCUGGAUAUUGGCAUCCACUCGACACACAUACUAUCCCAAUUCUCUCGCUCCAGACGAAGCGUUUUGCUUAGUUGACAAGGCUGUCUCGCAGCUCCAAAAUCGAGGCUGGAUCAUGCAAGAGGAAAUCCUUUCCCGCCGCAAGAUCUGCUUCUCUAGCACCGAGCUCCACUGGCAAUGCGCCUCGAUAUCCCGCUGCGAAUGUGGUCUGCAGUCCCUCACGGAAGCCCGAUUCACCGACAACGACCUGACCAGAAACCUGCUCUUAACUGAACGCCGCGACGGCAUCGUCACAAGAGGCCUGUCAGCCAGCAACAGCACUAGACGCCUUGCCGGCCGCACUACGGAUCUGAACAAAUCCUGGAAGAAGCUCGUCGAGAUGUACGGUGAGCGAACUUUCACUUACGAAAGCGACAGGCUGUCGGCCCUCGCGGGAGUAGCAUCCAAGCUCGGGCGUCCACCAGAAAAUUACUGGGCAGGUAUCUGGCGCGAAGACGCAAACAGCCAGCUCCUCUGGCGCGGCUGGAACCGACCCGCCGCUCCGUGCAGCAGACACGAAACGUACUGUGCGCCGUCCUGGUCGUGGGCUUCCAUCCAAGGAGGUGUAGCGUUCUGUUCGUUCGGGACGGAUAGUCGUCAGCAUCCAUCAACGCCGAUAUGGGUGGUUUUGGAAGGGUCUUGUGAGCCUUCUGGGGAGAACCCCAUGGGUCCUGUGUCGACGGGUAUGGUUCGCGUGCAGAGUAGAGUCGUCGAGGUGUUUGUCGAUGAGUGUGAAGGCGUGGCGCCGAGGAUUGACAGUUAUGCUAACAUGCAGUCGUUUGAGCGGAGGGGAAUCUACCAGGUCAAGCGGGGUGGGGAGAUGUAUCACUUGUUACUGAGGUCCCCGCGUCAAGGGGGAGGAGAUACGGCCGAUCCUUCGGUUGUGGCGCUGGAUACGGCGGAAGAUUGGGGAUUUUUUGCGGAGAGGAAGGGAGUGAGGUUGCUUUAUCUUAUUGCGCAGGUGGGGUCUGCGACGGGGGCGGCGAUGACGGAUUAUACGUUGAGGACUAUGGGGUUGCUUAUUAGGGAGUCGGUGUCGUAUCCGGGGUGUUGGGAGAGGGUGUGUGUUGUUGCGCCGCAGGGGUGGUGGGGAGAUUGGAGGGUUCUUGGUGAGGAUCGGGAGAUUGUACUGAGAUAG